CAUUCGUAUCAGAAAACCGAUAUGAAGUCUUUUGUAAAGCAAUAAUAUGACACAGUUCAUGCGUGUCAAUUUAUGAUCUAUACAUUGUAGCAACCUAAAGACAUAAAAUGAAGUAUACCACAAAAUCAUCUCUCCCGAUCCAUUCCUCAUACCCGUUUAGAAGACCGGGCGGUGAGAAAAGAAAUCAUUUCAUUGGCUGACUUUUCAGAAGACAUUUCAUUGGUUGACCUUUUAGAAAAAACAUUUCAUUGGCUGCAUUUGUUAACAUUACGCUUGACACAAUCUAAUAGCAUCACUUUCCUUCAUGUAAUAAUUAUGGAAACAGCUCUUCAGACGACGCCUCAGAAGCAAGGACAAAAUGUCCAUUUCUUCCUGGUCACCUCCCCGAAAAAGAAAAAUGGGCGCUACGGAAAUUAUCAAGAUGCUGAUGUGGUUGUCAGGGAGACACCAGAUCGGAUCUCCAGGGUCCUCAUGUCGGACGACUUAAAAAAUAUCCCCAGGGCGGGAACGUUCAACAUGGGAACAGAUGCCACUGUUGCCGAUGACGGCACAGUCAGGUUUUCUAGGAAGACUCGAAUUCUAUCAAGCCGAAAAUUCGACUACAAUUUAAAGGUCGUAACUUCCUUCCUCGAACCACCCAUCUUUACGGUGUCUGAAUGCAAGUCCGAGCCAGUUGGCUCUCGGGUCACUACACGAGCAAGAGUGAUCCAGGUAAUUCCUCAAAGGCACUCGACCUUGAAAACGGUUAUACUCGGACAGGAUGAUCCUGAUGAACAAAUACAGCUCAAACUGUGGAGGCGCGCAACCGAGCUUGCAACACCACCGGGGUCUUUGAUACUCCUAAAACAUUUGGUCAUUGGCCAGUUUAGGGGUAUCAAAGACCUCAAUUCAACCGAUCAAACAACAAUCCAGAUUCAACCCGAAGAGAUAACGACUGUUUGGGGUGAAAUUGAGGCCAUGGGCUUCGAGGAACACAACGCAAUGAUCUUAAUGAAUGGGGCAACGUACCUGGGAAGUGCCGAACUCAUCGGCAAGGCCUUUCCAAACAAACAGAUGCCCGAUGGGAUCUUCCAUCUGGAAGUUAGGGGGGGGGAGAAUACUUUCAAUGUAAGUAUAAUAUUCGCAUUUGAAUGAUUUUUAUGAAAUAUUGCAAUUAACUAGAAAGAUGAAACAAAUAUCUAAAUGCUGUGCUAUAGCCUAAAUAAUAAUCGGAACUGUUACGCAUUCAGAAAUGUUGAAAUAUGAUUGUAUUAUCCAACAUGUAAAAAUCCUAAUCCUACAUCAAGUUUAUCAAAAUUGAAAUGUCAUUCACAACUAGUAACAGGAUGUUAUAGUGAGGCAAUAUUUAUUUCAGUGUUGAAGGUC